AUGUCUGGGCGCCGGGUGAGAUAUCCCAACACUCACAGCCACUUGAACCAUCCCAAGACUGUGUCCUUUCAAAUCCCGACUCCAGGCCUGUUCCAAUGCCCUGAGACAAGACCUAACAGCCUCAAACGUCCUCACACCCCAAGGGGCUUGGAGUUCAGCAGCGGCAUCAACCCUUCGGAACAGUCCGACAGCCCCAGCUCCCCUAAACUUCCAGUGAGGAGAAUCUGCAUGGGCCGGCCCUACACCUCCAAGUUCGUAGAGACAGGCCACCUGGGGAACCGCCCCAAGGUGGCCAAAAAGCCCUGUUACCGUGACAGCCCCCACUGUCUGCUCUGCACCGAUGGUCCCUCGGACCACUCCAGUCCCACCUUCCUGGAGCAACUCAUCAGAGGCAUCAACUACCUCGACAGGGCCACCAACUGCUCCACAGUACUGAACCUGCCACAGCUCGCCAUCAACUACCUAGAACAGGCGGCCAACUCCUACCUGGGUCACCCAGACCACUCCUCCCCCCGAGGGUACUCCAACCCCAGCACUACCAUGAUGCCAGCCACCAAGGGUGUCAAUGCUUUGCAGUAUGUGGAUGAUGCCGUCAACACAAGUUGCUCACAUCAGUUUCGUAGCCAGAACCCCCCUCCGAUGCCGCCACAGAGACCGGAGAUAAAGUUGCCUGAGCUCCGUUUGUUUGGCAACAAGCUUUUUUCUUUAGGUCGCCUGCCCAAGUUCUGGGAUGAAAUCCGCUCGGACUGGAAUGCCUCUCUCAAACCCAUCUCCAAACCCUGUAGCUGGUGGUGA